AAAAAAUUGCGUAGCUUAGGAGCUGAUUAUCUCAUCAUUGAGGCAACGAAAAUACCCUUUAUUACUGAAGAAGCAAAUCAGAUUCAAGCAAGAAAGUGUAUACUUUGUGAAAUUAAUGGUUAUGAUUGUCCUGAGUUCUUUUAUCUGGAAAAG